CCCUUGCACUCUUCUGUUUGCUGCCCCUUUUCUUUCUUUUUUUCUCUUCUUUCUUUCACUCCUCAUUUGUUUUUCAACUUGAGUCAAGGAUGCGAAAUCUUUAAUAAUCUCCAAUUCAAUCCGACCGAAUCAAUUCCCUCGCUGCUGUCGCGGCCACUCCUUCAAUCCAUCACGCGCGAUGCCGACCUCGGCAACCUCUGAUCACCAGCGCUUCAUCUAUCCGACUGCUCCUACGGCGCUUGACGAUGACGACCGCUCUUCUUUCCUCGCUAGCGAUGAUGAGGGCGAUGAAUCGUCGGGCAUUUCCGACCCUGCACUCCGCCGCCGCCAGAUAAGAUCGAAGCAGAUUGUUCGCUUCAUCUCUCUCAUCUCUGCGACCAUUGCGGCGCUUUGUGCCGGCUCCAUCGUCGUUUUCUCGCUCUAUGCGCCCAAAUUCCUGUCGCGACUGCAUUACACGCAGUUCCAGGUCAAUGGCGUCGCCAUCGGCAGCUCCCUGGCCUUGUAUCUGCCCAUUUCCAUCAUGGGAUACGUCUGCGACCGAGUCGGCGUUGCGCCGUUGGCCCUGCUGUCGGCAUUCCUCUUUGGAGGCGGCUACGGGCUUGCAGCGGGCAUCUACAAGAAGCUGGACUACGAGUAUAAUACGCUGGGCAAGUCUCACGGUGCCGAGAAUGGCUGGUCAUAUCCACUCAUGGUGUUCGCCUUCAUCAUGAUUGGAACUGGCACGUGCGCCAUGUACAUCAGCUCCGUGUCGACGUGUGCCAAGAACUUUGGCAAGGGAAAAUAUAGGGGACUGGCGUUGGCCAUGCCAAUCACCGGCUUCGGCUUGAGUGGCAUGUGGUUGAGCCAGUUCGGCAGCCGAUUUCUAUACGAGAAGAACCCUGAUGGGUCCAAAGGCGACAUUGACGUGUUUCGCUUCUUCGUCUUCCUAGCAGUGUUGCUGUUCGCCAUUGGCAUCCUCAGUGUGUUUACCCUCAAGGUCGUCGACGAGCAGGACCUCAUUGAGGAAGCCAUCGAAGAGCUGGAGCAGAGCGGCCUUCUCGACGGAAGCUCUCUCCUUGCGCGAUCCGAAAGCCGAAGAUCCAACGCUGGCUACGGUGCAAUUCGCGCCGACGAUCAGGAUGACGAUACAGAAGGCGGCGCUGAUGACGAUGCGCAAUGGAAGAAAAACUGGGUACUCAAUGCCGAGACACGCCGCUUCUUAACUGACCACACAAUGUGGCCGUUUGCGCUGGCUUUUCUCUUGAUGACUGGACCUGGCGAGGCAUUCAUUAACAACCUGGGUACCGUCAUUGGGACUCUGACGCCUCCCAUCACCGAAGAUCUGAAUAACAAGACUUCGGCUGCCACUCACGUCUCUAUCUUUGGUGUCACUAGCACCAUUGCUCGCCUCAUGAUUGGAACCUUGACAGACAUUCUGGCUCCCGCACCAGAGACACAGCACAUUCAAGUCGCUCCUUCGCGCCCUUCGUCUCCGCUGAAACGCUUUGCUAUCUCUCGCGUCGUCUUUAUGCUCAUUUUUGCCAUUCUUCUCGCAGCUGGUCUCUUGUUCCUUGCCAGCGGUGCCGCCCAGAACCAUGCUGACCGAUUCUGGAUUGUCUCUGGCCUUGUUGGUGCCGGGUACGGCGCCAUUUUUAGUCUAACACCACUCAUCGUAACCAUUAUUUGGGGCGUUGAAAACUUUGCUACAAAUUUCGGCAUCAUUGGCAUGCUGCCUGCAUUCGGAUCUACUUUCUGGGGCCUUGUUUACUCGGCGGUGUAUGAAGCCGGGGCACGUCACUCGACCACCCCGUCCCUCCUUGGUGAUGAUAAUCAGGACGGUGGUAAUGGCGGAUCGGAUGAUUCUGUUUGCUACGGGAAACAUUGUUACGCAGCCACUUUCUGGGCUGAGGGCCUCUGUGUUAUUGCGGCGUGCUUUAUGCUCCUGUGGGCUUGGAAGGGCAAGGGAGGCUGGAGCCAGCGCGGCAUUGUGAUAUAG